AUGGCUGAUGAACUGCGGACUGGGGUGUCACUUGAGGAUGCCUACGCUGUCUCCAUGGUGGGGAGAGUUGCCCUUGAAACCUCAAAGCAAAAGCCCAUGAAGCUUUCGAGACAGAAAUUCAGGAAAGCUGCAUUGGAAUAUUAUUCUGCGAAUAAUUUGGAAAGGCGCGAGGUCCGAUGCAGCCUGCUUGGAUGGUCGGAUGCAACCGCUGUUACCGCCGCUCAUAUUGUCCCGAGGUCCCUAGAUAAGAAAUCGCUUGGGUAUAUUUUUGGAGCGGAGGUGGAGCCUACCACUGAUGUUAGGAAUUCGCUCUUCCUCCAUCGAAGCCUUAAAAGACGGCUGGAUUCGGGGCAAAUUGCUAUUGUACCGCUCGUUGGCAAUGAAGGUGAAUGGAAGUGCGUCGUCACACAGAAGGACAAGCUCAAGGAUAUAAUUGGCAAGGGCAAAAGGUUGAAGCUGAAGAGACCCAGAAUAGUCUAUGAAUGUAUAUCGGCCCUUGUUGACAAAUCUUUAGGAUAUCGACGGACAACAGUUAAGAUUUUGCAAUGA